AUGGCUGGGCCAUCAGUAGAGUCUGGGUCAGAGGCAUAUAGGGAGAUGCAGAAGAAGUAUAAAGUGUUAGAAGCCAGUGUUGAUCGGGUUCUAGCUUUGGCACAUACACCGGAGGUGGGCUCGAGCAAUCAGACAUCACCAUCAGAGUCUGUGGGUAUAGCCGUGGCUUCAGCUUCAGAGGGGGUGGACAUCCGGGUUGGUGUCCCGUUGGGAAACGAAAUACACUUACAGAAGCAAAGUUGGUUGAGCUUCGGACAGAUUAUAGUGUGCCACCCUAUGUGGGCCUGA